AUGCUGCCUUUACUUGUGGUGCUCUGUCUACUCUGGGUGCUGGGGGGAAGAACCUCCACAGCCUGCCCUCCGCUGUGUGUCUGCUAUGAGUCCUCCAGCUUUGUGGACUGCCACGGCCAGCACCUGGCCCACGUGCCCCACAACAUCCCUCAUGGCACUUGGAUGCUGGACCUGAAGCACAACAACCUGAGCAGCCUGGAGGAGGGCUCCUUCAAUGCCCUGUGGUCCAUGAAGAUCUUGUUCCUUGCCCACAACUCCAUCAGCAGGCUGUGGCCCCAGGCCUUCAGGUCUCUGGGGUUCCUGGAGAAGAUGGACCUCAGCCACAAUCUCCUGACCCAGCUGCCGCGUGAUUUCUCUGUCGAGCUAUCCUCCCUGAGGGAGCUCACAGCAGCUUACAACCAUCUUUCGGCAGUGGGCUUUGAGAGUCUACAGCACCUGGAAAACUUGGAGAAGCUGGAACUGAGCUACAACUGGGUGGCGUUCAUUGAGAAGGGGGCCUUUCGGGGCCUGUCCCGGCUCCGCUAUCUCUAUCUCCAGGCCAACCGGAUAGAGUUCAUCCACAAUGGCUGUUUCUCCAUGCUCCAGAGCCUGGAAGUCCUUGUCCUCAGCAGCAACAACAUCAGCGUCAUUGAAGGAGAGGCCUUCACUUCUCUACACAGCAUGAACCUCUUGGCCUUGACAAGAAACCAGCUCAUCCACCUCAAGUUUAAGACCUUCCUGAACAUCCAGACGGCUGGCACCCACCUCCAGCUUGCCGGCAACCCUUGGGCCUGUGACUGUGACCUCCAGCGUGUCUUUAGCAAGAUCCUGAGUGUGCGCCACCUCCACGUCGAUGACUACGAGAACAUCACCUGUGCCAGUCCCUGGCAGCUGGCUGGCUUGCCCCUUGUGGCUGUGGAUGCCCAGCUGUGCAUGGCGGAGACAGCCACGGUCCUGGUGAUCACUGUCACCGUCCUGGUGACUGUUAUUGCCGCCAUUGUCAUGGCAGAGCGGAACAGGAAGAAGAGCCAGGAGAAGAGCUGGAAUGAGUCAGAGGGUCCUUUUGACUCACAGGAAAAGUGA